AUGCUUGCUGGGUUCGGAUCUGGUCUUAGCCGCACCAUCUUCAUCGAUGAGGGGAAAGCUCGGGAUGAACCAGCUGGGAUUUCGGACGAUAUGAAAGGUUAUUGCGUGUUGGGAUCAAGGAACAAACACAUCUCGAUAAGGAGGAUUAUGCUAUGCUAUGGUUAUGAAGCGCUCAAGAUGAGAGGUUUCAGCACUCCAAGGGACUGGUUAGGUUCCAGUGAGAUCAAGUGGCGGUUUUAGUGGACUCAGAGACGCUUUGGAACUUCACAUGAUAUCUCUGGCAAUCCUCAGUACUGUGUUUAUCUGUGAGGCAGAGGCUACAAUUAUGGACACACAUGAUAGCUUUGGACCUGAUUCAAGCUUUCUCCUAAAUCACCGUCACUAGCGUCCUUUCUUUACCUCUCCAAUCUAUACAUUUGCAUUCAUUUACUCUUCCGGCGGGUCUUCGUACAUUUGUUUGGAAUUCUUACCGAGUUGGUUGUGGGUUGGGGUUUAUGACUUCACAAGUUCUAGGUCUAGCCAGUGAGAAAUAUAUCUUUUUAAAACCGAGCAAUCAAGUUAGAUGUUCAGUGAAAUCUCCACAGUGGUUCUCCCUGUCUGUUAAUUGUUUCUAUUGAUCAUUGUUGGUUCUCUUGACAGUUGCAUGGAGAACCUCCAGUCACGAGUUCCUUGAAAUGUCACUGUGGUCUCAAUGCAAUUAGUCUCAACUGUUGUGUUUAAAGCGUUUCAGUUUCCCUUCCAUGUUGAUGAUGUCCAUUCAUUUCCUCUGUUAAGUCUCGCUGCAUAAACCAUGCAACUAUGACGAAGUCAGUGC